AUGGUGUGGGCAGCCGCAGCCCCCACAGCCAUCGUUCUCUGCCUCCGUGUCUCCGCAGACCUGGUGAAAGCUGCAGCGCUCUCCUGCCUGGCCCAGCUGCUCGCUGCCAAGAACCUGACGGACAAUUUCAGCAGGUUCCCACCGGACCUGCUGCUCUUCUUUGACUCAGCCAAGGUGCACACUGGGACCUGCAGAGAAUUUUACUCCCGAGCCUCUCAUGGGAACCUGGACCUGCUGCCCCAGGGCUCAGUCAGGAGGAUGGUGCUGCUCCGUGGGGCAUUGACCUGCCUGGGAGUGCAGAGCAGCCACCUGGACCUGCAGCAGCUUGGCAUCCUUGGGGCACUGGUGUGUGACAUGGAGGCAGAGACCAUCCCAGCCUCAGAUCCUGGCAUCUUGGAGAACCUGAAGCUCUGCCCAGUGCUGACAGGGGCGCAGCAGGAUGCCCUCAAUGCUGUGCUCCUUGCAGGGGGCACGGCCUAUGGGGAUCCUUCAAGCUGGGAUUUACAGACUCUGGAAAGUUUGGGGCCCCUUGUGCUGGCAUUGAACCAGACCACGCUGAGAUUAGUGGCCAGGGGAUCCUUCAAGCUGGGAUUUACAGACUCUGGAAAGUUUGGGGCCCCUUGUGCUGGCAUUGAACCAGACCACGCUGAGAUUAGUGGCCAGGGCUGCACGUCUGGGACCAUCACCUCCAGCACCAUCGCUGAUAUCUACUCAAUCUUUUCCUAUGACGUUGAGCAGUUCGACCUGUGCUUGAGUAAUGAUGUCUUAAUGAAAAACCUGGAGGAUCUGCUGGUACUUCCACUCCCCUUGCAGUACUCCCUGGUCAUGAAAAAAAAGGUGGACCAGACUUUUCCAUCAGGGAUCCCAGAGGAGCAGCUGAAGCGCCUGGGAUCGCUGUCCCGCCUGUACACGCCAGCAGAGAUCAGCCAGUGGUCAGUGACGUCCAACGACACACUCUUAGCCCUGCUCGACACCUCAGGUGGCAUGUGGGAGGAUGCCAAGGUGCUGCAGCUGGUCAGCAGGUACUUGUCCCUGGGGGGCAUCUUGACUGGGCCCUUGCUCCAGAAAAUUAGAGGCGAACACCUGUGUAACCUGGAGGAGAAAGAAAUUGAGCUAAUACCUCCAGAAGCAAUCAGAACUGCUGGACAGUUAAACAUUUCUUCUUGCUCUCAAACCAAGAAGGAUCAGUUCUACAGGAAAGCCCAGGAGGCCUUUGCCAACCAGGCCAGCACCCUCAGGGAGUAUUACUGCCAGAUCCAGCCAUACCUGGGUGGAGCUCCAGCAAAGGACCUGAAAGACCUGACUGAAGCUGGUGUGGCCAUAGAUAUGGAUAUAGACACCUUCCUCGCCCUAAAUCCUGAUGAACUGCAGAAACUCAGUGUCCUGGAUGUGAAAAAUUUGCUUGGGAAAAACGUCCUUAAGCUGAAGAAAUCUGAGAAUGAGACCGUGGUAAAGCACUGGGUGGAGAGACAGUACCAGCGGGAACUGGACU